AUGUCCAAUCACACAUGUCUAACUAAAAGGCGCAGGCUCAGGAUCUUUGAGAAAAUUACUACAUGUGAGCUUGAGCCUGAAACCCCAUCACGGGUCUUGGAAAUUGUCGGACUUGACUCCCCAGAAGCACUAUUGCCCGACCUCCAAGCAUUUGGAGAUCUCCAAUCUAUAGACUUAGGUAAGAAGAAGCACGGGAUUCUCUCAGUGUCGUAUUUUGAUAUCCGAGACGCUUGCAAAGCUAAAUUUGCCCUCCAGCCUAAAUGUGAAGUCAAAUUCGUUGCACCUAAUUCAGACCCAACUAAUGCUGACUAUUUGGUUAUCCCUCAUCCUACUUAUCUUGAAAGGCUUUACCUGUUUCAAUCGUUUGGAGAUAUCAUGUACACCCAAAUUGUCGGCACUUAUGUACUUCUCCACUAUUUUGACGUCAGAUGUGCCAGAAGAGCCUAUUCUGAACUUACAAAUCCAAUCGAAACUGAGCCUGAAAAGUUUUUUGAAAACGAGUUUCAUGACAACCCUUUAAACUACAAGCAGGAUUUCGAUAGCAGUGUAAGCUCAGAGUCAACAGAGCCAAGCCCUUAUAUGUACUUUUCGUCCUAUAGCUCUGAAGGGUCAAAUAAGGAAAGUCCAUUUGAUGAGAGAAGAAAACAGAGGAAAAAAAUGAUGGACGAAGAUGAAAAGAUGUAGGCUGUUUUAAAGUAAAUUUAUCUUAUAAAUUAGCAUUAUUUUAUAUAGAAAUUAAAUUAUAAAUGUGAUAGAAAUUAAAGAAACAAUGAAUAUUAUACAAUAAAUGUAGAGAGCAUUGAGAGAGGGGAAGAUAUAAGAACGACAAUUAUGAUUAAAAACAUCCCUAAUAAGUACACUCAGCAAAUGUUGCUUGAUACCAUUGAUCGACAUUUCCCAUGCUCGUAUGACUUUUUUUACCUUCCAAUUGAUUUCAAGGUAAAUUAUAUUUAGAAUAACUGCAAUGUGGGCUAUGCUUUCAUUAAUUUCUUGAAUCCACAAAUCAUUCCGCUGGUUUGUAAUCAAUUUAAUGGGAAAAGAUGGGAAAGAUUCAAUAGUGAAAAGAUCUGCGCAUUAGCUUAUGCGCGAAUUCAAGGAAGACAAAACCUUGUGCAGCAUUUUCAAAGUUCCUCUGUAAUGGAGCAGGAGGACAUGCAGGUGAAGCCACUUAUUCUUCCAACUAAAACCCAAUUUUAUUAA